AUGCCUCUCGGGCUAAUUUUAGGAAUAGGAAGGACAUUUCGAAGGAAGCGAACAUCCUCACUUGAUAUUCUAUCACCAAAGCGUGCUCCUCGUGGUUUUUACAAGGGAAAGAACUGCCAGCCCACUGGUUUCCACACUCGCAAAGGUGGGUAUGUGGUGUUGCAGGAAAAGUUGCCAAACUAUGUAGUUCCUGAUUUGACUGGUUUUAAGCUCAAACCAUACGUAUCCCAGUGUCCCAUAGAAGCGAACACUGCCGAGACUUCUCAAACGGCUAAAUAA